AUGAUCAAAGCUGGUAAAACAUUAAACGUAUUUUUUCCCAAUAUGAUACACAUUUCAUGUCUUGCUCACAUGAUCCACGCGUCUAGCAAAAAAGUUAGAGAAAUGUACCCCAAUGUAAAUACUUUGGUUAGUAAUUUAAAAAAAGUAUUUCUUAAAGCACCUCAGAGAGUAGAUGUAUACAAAGAAAUAAUGCCCAGUGUGCCUUUGCCGCCAGAACCAGUGUUAACCAGAUGGGGGACAUGGAUUAAAGCAGCUAAUUUUUGCGCAGACCAUUUUGAUAAUCUCAAAUAA